GCAAGAGCGAGGCCACGUUCAUUCAGGAACAGAAGAAGGAAAAGGAGAGCAUGGAAAAGGUCAGCGGUCCCUCGAUUCAAGUGCAGGAAUUUUGUCCUUUUGUAUACUGAUACCCCUCCGCAUCCAUCUCUGUUCCUCUUCCACACCUCCCUGAUCUCAUUCAUAUGAAUCGCGUUUACGAUGUCUAUCCUCCUCUAAAACCCCACAUUCCAUCUCGGCUGUCAUCGAUGGGAAACACCUAUCCUACACAUACCUAUGUCUGUAACGAUGCAUCUUUCGAUUGACAACAUUAUCCGCAAAAUCCUCUAUUAUUUCGAUUAUUCGUUCUUCGGUCCAUUUGUUUUUCAUUGCGCCCGCUUUGGUCGGACGUGUGCUUUCCUACAGAUGACCGAGAGCUUGGUGGGCACGCAUAAAUCCGCAUGGAUAUCUCAAGAUACCGCCUGGCAGGCCCAGGACUCCUUGGUCAAAUGCCAUCAAGAUCUGAUCAAUAUGGUGAAUGGCCGAAAGCGGCAAGGCGGCGAAAUUUCGCCGGGUCGGGCGAAGCGAUGUCGGACGGCUGAGGAAGGUGGUGGCGGCCAAGAGGUGCUUUCGGAGCCAGUGAUGGAGACGAAUUCGGAAAGCGAGAGCGAAAGCGAUGGCGAUGAGGAUGAGAUGACGGCGGAUGAAGUAUGCGAGAGCAAGAUGGACGAGACGGCGACGCCGGGGGAGACGGUGAUUCAGGAGGCGCCGGUGAUGGAGGAGGUAACGGUGAACGAGAAGGGGGCUGCGGACGAUGUGGCGGCGGGGAAUCGGGGGGAGGUGAACGAGGCGGCGAUGGAAGGAGAGUUGGAAAAGACGCUGGCGUCCGAGGAUCCUGGCCUGAGCGACCCCGCAGAUGGUCUCGAUGAGGAAGAGGAAGAGGAAACCGCGGAGAUCGAAGACAGUGGAAAGCAGGUGGUGACCCUCUCCGUUGCCACGAUUCGUGAGCGUUUCGCGACGAUCAAAGAAUAUCAAUCGAAGCAUGACUUCAAAUUUGGCGGCGCAAACAUCUCCCGAUGGGUGAGAGAGGCACAACAUCACCUGUACAAGAAAUGCGUCAGGGGGGAGGAUAUUCCUGGAUACAAAAUGGAAACCAUCAGCGACAUAUUGUUGUUGAACAACAUCCUUUUGGUCAGCAGCACAUACCUCCCAUCCUUCAUAUCCACAUGCGAUCGGCCGAACAUUCGGCGUACCUGGGAACAGAUGAGGCUUGAGACGUGCAAGCGACGCAUGGAUGCCUCGCUCAAAGGUGCGGUUGCCGAUGUGGUUGAGCCAUUCUGCAAGGAACUACGAUCAAACCACCCUUUCGAAGCCACGUGGAAGAAGCACCUGGCGAACGCACUUCUCCGAAGUGAUGACGGGGCAGGAUGCCUGGGGGAUUCCCCGUGGAAAGUUUUGAUGGUCAUUUCGUCUUUUGUCGACGCGCUGAAUAAGGAAAAGAGAUUGAGAACCUUCAAUGGGGCAACGUUUGAUGAGGACACUAACGUCCAUGCCAUACUGCAUACCUUGAUGGAGAGGUUUUUCAACGACGACCAGAUGGUGACCGUUUGGUAUGAUCCUUGCUUCUUCCUGCCACAUUUGCAGCUUUCCUUUCUCCCCGUACUGAAGUAUGACCAGGGCGAACGGGGAGAGCCGCAGCUCUCGACUCCAUAGGCAGGCGUACCGCCCAGAUGCAUGUGGGAAGAAGCCAGACGGUCGCGUUCUCUCCGAGCGCUUUGAAGAGUUGUUCCUGAAAACGAAGUCCGGC